UCAGGUAUAUUUGCCAAUUGGCAGAGACUAUGUUAUGUUCAAUUUGUAUUUAUUUAGAUAAAUAAAUGGUUUUUUAAAUGGUAUAGAGUUUUUAGUGACUGGUAUUACAAAAAUGACGUUUCAUCUGACAGCAGAGUUACGCUCCAAUAUACGCCAUAGUCAUCAAGUCUGAAACGUGAUACUGGCCGUGCCGUGCGAGUCCAAUGCGAAAUUAGAAAACGUGGGGGUAUCAUUACAGUUUUGUUUCAUUUUAUUCCCGUAAUGGCGCUGAAACAUUCCAUUAUUUUAUGCAUAUUAAAUAAUUACUUUGUUUAAUUUAAUCUGUGGUGUAACAUGGUUGUCAACGGUUGCCAUGACGACAAUGUUGUGAAGUUUUAUUCAAAAGUGGUGACAACAGUAAGUUUUUGCAUGUCUGACUUGCGCUAAGAAGAUUUUAGAAGAUGAGUCAAUAAAGCUCAAUUUGUGUACUGUAACCGCUGUAAACCAUGUUACCAUUAAGACAUUUUAUAAUAUCUACGAUUGAACACUAUUUCAGUAAACCGGAAUUAAAACUAGAUGAAAAGUCAGAAGAUGCAUUAGCAGACUUUAUAAACAACCCAAAUAUACUCAUAAUUCAAGGCAGACUAAGCGAUGAUGUUAUUUAUCUUCAUACUAAAAUUCAGGAUGGGAAAAGCAAUUCCAUAGUUUUUUAUAAAACAUCGGCUCAAGAGUUGCUUAAAGAAGAUGCUAUUCACAAUAUAAAUAUACUGACUCUGUCAAAUAACACUGUGGAGUCUCUAUAUCAAAUCUGGAGACAAGUCUACACUCCUCUAUUGGCUGCUGGAAAUGAUUUAUAUUCCAACAAACUCCAAAAGAAUCUAUCUGAUCUAGAAUCUAACUUGAGAAUUUUGGCUCAUGGAAAAGGGGACACUAACAUUAAUGUUGUUUUAUCAAUCCAAGAUGAAUUAGAAUAUUGGAGAACUGUAGGGCAGAAGAGAGAUGCUACCAAAAAGGAAAAAGAGGCAUCAUCUAACUUUUGCGAACUUUUUGAAGAUGUGUUGGAAGAAAUCAGAACAAUCCAUUCCAGUUCAAUGGAAGAAAUUAGAGAGUCAGCAGAGAACAUUGGUGGGAUUCUGGAUGAUAUAUGGCGCAUCAGUACCUCGCCAUAUUCACAAGAAAGGAUGGUUCAUGUCUUUGAUAUCAUUGGUCAUGAAAUAUGUUCAAUUAUACAAAACUCAGUGUCUACCACUGAUCUUUGGAAAGUUCACAAUGGAAAUAAGGAUAGUGAAAUACUCAACCUUUUGUCUGAGAGUUGCCAUGUGAUUCAAACUUGGAACAGUGCUUGCGAGUCGUUAACUGAGACUUACUGGCCUAACUAUGCCCUGCAUGCUUGGAAUGGGGGACCCUAUGUGCCAUCGUUUUGUGUAAACUUUCAAACUCGUGUAAAAGAGAUUCACGACAUCAGGUCCACUCAUAAUCAGUUGAAUAAAUUACUUUCCAACAAUGAACGAUCUGAACUGCAGACCAAUGAACUAUUCGCGCCUUUCGAAAAUGUAAAUAUCUGGAUGUGUAACGGACCAAACCCUGGAUGGGAAACAGCUGUUUCUAAGUUCUCAACUAGUUUGCGACCUGCUGAAUCAAAAGUUGCCGAAAAAUUAAAACCCAGAUUACAUAAUAUGUCCACCAAACAGAUGCUUUAUGAGUUCAUGAGAUACAGCUCGUUAAUAGAGCGACCUCUAGUAAAACACGCGCUAAAUACCGAACUAGAGAUAUUCGUGUCAUCUCUUCUGUCGAUGCUGAAGAGCAUACAAUCACAAAUGGAUGCUGACGAGGUGGUCGUCAACUUGUACCAGCCGCCGGAAAUGUCCAAUGUCGUGCUGCAAAUACAAUGGGCUAAGCUUAUGGAAGCUAAGGUGAAAGAAAUCCAAAUGUGUGCUGAGAAGUAUUUAAAAGAAUUUGAUGGCAGUUCUGAGUUGCAUAGUCUUGCCACAAAAUUAUUAAAAGAUCUCAAAAAUAUGUACACGCAGCUACACGAAGAGUGGUGUCGCGAUUUGCAGGCUCAAGCAAAGAAUGGAUCCCUCCAAAUAUCAACAGACAAGCCAGUAGUGGAGUUCAGCAGCAGUUCUCGUCUGAUGGUGGUGAACUUCAACCCGGGGCUGGUGCGCUUGGAGCUGGAGGCGCGGUCGCUGGCCGCCAUGCGCCUGCCGCCGCCGCCGGCCGCUGCUGUGCUUGAUAACCUCAGUACUGCGCUGGCGCAUGCCAGACCACUGCAACAAGUGGCAUCAUUCCAUAACACGUUAGGCGAGCGUAUGAUCCCGUCCACCCGUCCGAUGAUGUUGCAAGCAGCACUGGAUUUGUCCAACUUGGUACAAGACCAAAAGGCCGUUUACUGGGACGACGUUGAACAGCUGUCCAAUUACACUGAUAAACUCAAGAAAAUCGUCUUAAAGUUGGAGACACAGAAUACAUACCUGACAGGUCAGCAUGUAGCGAUCAGAAAUAUUGUUCAGAAGCUAAUAGAGACUGAACUCUUGGCCAAACAAUCGGAAUGGAAGAAAGGCGUUAAAGAUAUAAGAGACAUUAUAGACACAGUGGAAUCCAACGGUUACAAGAACACAGAACUAUGGAGAUCUCACUGGGACUGGCAGCUGUAUAAGGCUCUUGAGUAUCAAUACAUAAAGACGUUGCUGACGUUGCAUAAACACUUCCCGCAUGUCAAAGUUGAUCUCGUUUUGCGUGGUUACGCUGUUCGCGUUCAGCCAGCAAUAGAAGAGAUCCGAGUGCAGCAUUAUCAUCAACUUCGACGCCUGGUAUCAAUGCCAGCGCACUUUGUAGGAGUGCAGAACAAUUUGACGGACAAACAGUCCAUUUUCGCUGCGAUUGUUGAAAAACACAGCUGGUUAGGCAACAAAGCAGUGCAACAACUAGAGUCAGCUCUCUCCUCCCUCGAAGCCACCUGUGCAUCAUGGACGCGACGCGCGGCGCUGGCCUGCGUGCCCGACCUGGACGCGCUGUGUCGCGAACAUCUCACGCUGCCGCAGCACUGGGAGAACAACUUUAAGGCUUGUAAAGCUUAUGGGCAAGCCGUCGCUAAGAUGACUUUCGAGGACGAAAAGAUAGAAUGGAUAUCAGUUGGCACAACAACACUUCGACGUGAAUUCGAAGCUCAAGCGCGCAGUCUAUGGGCGUGUCUCAUGUCGUCACUGGUGGCCAGCUGCAGGUCUGAUGCAGCGAGGAUUGAUGCAUUUGUUGCCUCUGCAGCGGUCAUGUUAGAGAACCAAGCUCUGCCUAAGAACGCGAAGGAACUUGCUGAAAUGAGCGCUACGCAACAAGCUCUGCAACAGCAAAUGCCCGAGAUGGAAGAAACAGUUGAGGCUUUAAAGCGAAAAGGCCACAUGUUACGAACUUGGGGCGGAGACACAUCGGUUGAUAGCACUAUGAAGGAAUGGCAGAAGAUACACGAACUGAUGCUCAGUCAACAGAAGAUGUUUGAGCAUCAGGCUGAGCUAGUAAAAUCCAGUUUAAGUGGUGAAUGGGAUAACUUAAACACCAGCAUAGAAGCCUGGACCUCACGGUGGACUCAAGCUAAACCUCGUUUAGAUGACACACACGGCGUCAACUAUACCGAAAUGCUCGAUAGAUGUCGCUCCGUGUUCGAAGCGCAUGCGAACUGGAACAAAUUCGUGGCUGACAGAGAUGACCUAUUAAAAGAGUGCGAAAAGUUUCAAAUGAAAGUCCAACUAUCGGAUACGUGGGAUCAAGCUGAAAAGCUAAUGACUGAAUAUGUCGAACUGUGGUCUCCAUUCAAAGAAUACAAUGAAGAAUUCGAAUCCAUCGCCGACCAAGAGUGGAUAGUGUUCCAGAAAAAGAUCCAUCUGAUAGAAGAGUUUUCAGUGAAAUGGAAAGCACGUUUGGAACCAUUCACCGUGCUAACAUUAUACAUACAGCAAGAACUAGAGAAAUACUCGGACUUAGCACCUUUAUUGAAAUAUCUUCGGGGCAACGAGUUUACUGAACGCCAUUGGCGAGAGGUGUACAGUCUACUGGACAUAGAAUAUAAGAAGCCUGACACUUUGCAAGUCCGAGAUCUUUUGAAUGCUGCAAUUAAUAUCAAGAAACAAAUAAAAUCUUUACAGAAAAUCUGCACAUCUGCAUCCAGCGAGUCUGCAAUUCGUAAUGCUCUCAACGAGCUUGAGAUUUGGUUCGCCAGCGCUCGAUUCAGUAUCACUUAUUACAACGAUAAGGCGAAGCGACCCACGCCCAUAGUAAAGGACUUCAAAGAUAUUCUCAGUAAGAUCGAAGAACAGCAAUGGGUGGUAUCAUCAUUGUCGGGCGGCGCAAACGGGACGGACGCAUGCGGUGCUUGGGAGGCGCGGCUGCGGGCGGCGCGGGCGCUGCUACGUGCCACGCAUCACGCGCAGCGCAGAUGGUUAUACUUAGAACCGAUACUCUCUAACGAUGAUGGCGAAUUAGGAAUCAAGUUCAGAAAAGUAGACCAGGGGUUCAGACAAGUGACUCGCAUCUUAGAAGCUGAUCCUAGGCUAUCUGCACUACUACAGUCUUCGAGACUCCAGCCUAUGCUGGAUUCGAUAUCUGAGCAGCUUCUUGCUUGCCAAUCGGCUUUGAAUCUUUAUAUUGAUGAGAAACGUUCUGUAUUUCCGAGGCUAUAUUUCCUGAGCGAUGACGAUUUGUUGGAGUUGCUCGGCCAAGCCCGAGCUGGUGCCGAAGGAAGAGAAGCUGUAAUGCAAACUCAUCUCAAAAAACUCUUUCCGGGAAUCACGGGAGUGCGCCUCGGUCCCGGUGAUAUGUCUAUUACAGCAUUAUGUACCCAUUACGGCGAGACAUUCCAACUAGACCACCCAGUCGAUAUCGACUGCCCCGUCGAGAUAUGGUUAAAGAAUUUAGAAGCUGAGAUGCGUUCUUCAUUAAAGAGCAUGACCUUAAAGUGCAUAGUUACAAAUUCGCUACAAGAGCAAGAUCCAUUUUCGCUACCAACGCAAAUACUGUGCCUCGCGCAAAACAUACGGUUUACGGAGCAAGCCGAAAAAGCCAUUACUUCUAAAGAAUUGCACAAAUUAAAAGCGAAUAUUGAAAAGGAGAAUUUGUACUACGCUUCUGCCGAAAUAGAGGACGAAAGUGAGCGACGUAAAAGACAGGCGCUCAUAUUACAAUGCGCUCAUUAUUUGUCCGUCAUCAGAAUUCUCAUAGACAGCAAUAUCGUGUCAACUAGCGACUGGCUUUGGCAAAAACAGUUGAGAUUUUAUGUGCUAAAUACGAAGGAAGUCGUGGCAAAAAUGGGUCUAGCUCAGAUAUCAUAUUCGUACGAGUACCUCGGUGUCAACACGGGACAGUUUGUGCGCACAGAACUCGCUGACGACUGCUUUUUCAUUUUAACUCAGUCCCUUCAUUUGGGCUUAGUCGGAAACCCUUUCGGUCCAGCGGGAACCGGCAAGACGGAAUCAGUUAAAGCAUUGGGUGGCCUAGUGGGUCGUCUGGUGUUGAUCUUCAAUUGUGAUGAGGCGAUGGAUGCCGAAUGUAUGGGUCGUUUACUAAGCGGGCUCGCUUUAUGCGGCGCGUGGGGCUGUUUCGACGAGUUCAACCGUUUGGCGGCUCACACGCUAGCUGCCGUGUCUCAUCAGCUGUCCUCGUUGCUGUCUGCUACUACUGACAGAACUGCUGGAUCAGAACCCACUGCUGUGCUUAAUGGGAAACAUGUGCGUGUAUCAGAAUGGUGCGGGGUGGCUGCGACCAUGAACCCCGCGGGUCGUGGCUAUGGGGGCCGGCGUACGUUACCGGCUGCAUUACAACGCGUAAUGCGGCCCGUGGCCAUGUUACAACCACGCCCCGAUGUAUUGGCGGCGCAUCUACUGGCUGCGGCUUGUGUGCCUGAUGCUGAGAUACUCGCUAAGGAUCUGCAUGAUGUCUUUAGUUUAGCUAGUUCGUUGCUAAGCGAGCAGCGUCACUACGACUGGGGCUUACGCGCUCUGAAGGCGGCAGUAGGCAGCUGCGCCGCCGCACUGCAGUCCCGCGCCGCCGACCUGCGCGGCCGCCGCGCCGCCGCAAGGCGCGUGCUGACCCUCAACAACCUCUCUAAACUUACUACAUACGAUGCUACCAGGUUUGAAAAUAUUUUGUCGCUGGUAUUCUCCGAUGUGCCGACUGAAGAGUCCAGUUCGGAUCCGAUAUGUACUGCUCUAGAAGCUACCGUUGAUAAUCUGAAGCUUGUGCACAAUAAACUGCAGUUGCAAAAAUGCGUGGAGCUAUACGAACAAAUGCAGCAACGAAUGGGAGUAGUUAUCGUCGGCCCACCAGGAUCAGGCAAAACUACCAUCAGACGGCUAUUGAAAUCGGCUCUAGCUCAUCAAGGCAAGAACGUAGUGGAGUACAUAAUAUGCCCAAAGGCGAUGAGCCGCGAGUGGUUGCUCGGCAACAUCGACAACGAUACACGACAGUGGACUGAUGGCGUCAUAUCUUCAACUGCCUUGGAAAUAUCUAACCAACCAAAUGACGUAUGGUCCUGGGUAGUAUGUGACGGCGACAUCGACCCAGAAUGGAUAGAAGCUCUGAACUCAGUACUGGACGACAACAGACUGCUCACAUUGCCUUCAGGCUGGAGGAUUCAGUUCGGCUCCAAUGUUAACUUCCUGUUCGAAACGCAUAGCUUGGAACAUGCCUCGCCGGCUACAGUGUCACGCAUGGGAAUUAUACUUUUAAGUGAUGAUGUAAGCUGUGACCUAGAUGUCUUAGAAGGGUGGAUGCGAAGUGCUGACUUUGACAAUGAGAACGCAAAAAUGGCGUUACCGUUACUACAACAAGUGAUUAAGAAGAGUAUCCAGUGGCUUACUGAUCACAAGUCUGACCUCGCUUUGAAACUGCAAAACGUUACUGUUGUAAAGCAAAUACUAACACAGUUCGAGUAUGUAGCCCAAGACACAGGAUUCAACACUACGCGCGUGAGUCCUGAAGAACUGGUCUACUUGGCUAUAGAGCGGAGCGUUGUCCACGUCAUCAAGGAGAGUGCUAUCGAUAGUUUUCAUGAUGAUUUGUCAACUCUCAUGGGCCCGCCAAUAGUAGCGCCUGUUUGUAUAAACGAGUGGGUGUCGGACACACUGCUGAUGUCGCGACGUCUAGUGUCGUGCGAGCCGACACUCCGCGCCUGUGUCACGUCACACACCGCACAUCUACUGCUGGUGGGGCCUGAUGCCUGUGCUAAGAACUUAUUAGCAGAAUACAUAAUAAAGGAAUGCAAUUCAGCUGUUCUAACAAUAGAUUGCACGCCGAUUUUAGAACCUGCUGAUAUCAUUGCAGAGUUGAAAAGGAAUAACAUGGUACGUUCUGGCGGUCGCGGCGUGAGCGGCGGUGCUCGGGGCACUCUGUUGAUACGUUCAUUACAUCGCGCUAGAACUGAUGCCUGGAAAUCUAGCCCCGUGCACUCAUUUUUACUGCAGUUGAUCCAACACAACGGUUUCUGGACACGUGGUACGGACGAGGAGGGCGGCGCGGGCACUCAGUGGUGCCAGGUGUCGCGGCUACGAGUGUUGGCCACGGCCACUACACAUAGUGCCAUAUCGCCUCGGUUGGCUGCAGCACUAGAACUUAGAGUUUUGAGUGAAUCGGAGGACGAGGAAUUGUUAGAAAUAGCUACGCAUUAUCUGAAGAAUAGUGUUGACAAGAGUAUACCAAUGAAAGACAUAACAAAAUUGGCAGAGACACUGCUAGCUAUGUUCAAAGAGGUGACAGAGACAUUCGAUUCCGAAAUACAUUACAAAUGGAACGCAUCGCAUUUGAAGAGAUGGUGUGAAAACAUCAAAUGGUACUCUCCUACGAACCUGGAUCAACUUGUAAUGGCCAUUAGCGCAGAAGCAAACUUCAUAUUCAGAGAAAGAUUAAUAUCAGAUGAUGAAAAAGCUAUGUUUAGUACGAUAUCUCGGAAACAUUUGAAGGUGAAUAACGAAGCGAUGUACUUCGCUUGCAAGUUGCGCGGUGACGGCGUAUACUUGGAACUAACUGAUUAUAAUGACUGGCAUCGUAGGACAGAACUACUUAUUAAUCAGUGCUUGUCUGAAAACGAACACAAUGUGUUUGGAGAUACUGGCGCAGAGGUAUGCUCGGAAUUAGCUACACUUUGCCCAGCAAUGGCGAAAUCGACCAAUGGAGGAUUAUUGGUGUGCGUGGGAUGCGCAGGAGUGGGUCGGCUGGCCGCCGCACACAUUACUGCAGCCGCGCUGCCUGCCUCCCUCUUCGUUAUCAAUGAUGACACACAGUUCAACACGAUUUUUAAAAAUGCGUUAUCUUCAGCGGGUGAAGGCAAGCGCAGUAUCGUAUUGUUGCGUGAAAGCGCAGCGACGCAGACGUCGUUGUCGGCCGUGGAGGCACUGCGCCGCGCCCGCACACCGCAUGCGUUACCCGCAAUGCUGAUGCCUAAUGCUGAAAACAAUACUCUUAAGUCCAUAAAAGAAAACCUCGGCAUCAUAAUUUGCCUGGACAAGAGCCAAGACAAUCUAUCAGAGUUAAUGGACAAGUACCCUCUCUUAUACAACGACGGUAACAUAGUCUGGUUGGACCAUUGGAAUGACGUCACGUUGCGCGAAACACCGAGACUUAUCGUGCAGAGGUUGCUAAAGGAGAACGCAGUAGAAUCAACAAAGGAGCAACUUGAAGCACUACCUAUAGACGGGUUUGUGAACAUUCACAAGAGCAUCGACGUGGAGUGGAAGCGCGCCCCCUGCAGAUACGUCAACUUUGUCAAGACUUAUUAUAACAUCAGCAAUAGGAAGAAAACUGCUCUUGUUCAGAGACAUACCAUGUUAUCGGCGGGUGUAGAAGCACUACGCCGUGCCCGCACGGACGUGUCCCGCCUACAAGCGGAAGCAGCCACACAAGAAGUCGCCCUGCGCGAGAAGCAAGCCGCCGCCGCUCAUGCGCUGCAGCAAAUAAGUGCCACGGUCCGCGCUAAUACCGACCAUAAGGAUGAAAUGCACACCCUCAAGAGGAAUAUUGAGAUCGAGAAUGAGAAGUUGCAGGCACAAAAAAAAGAAAUCGAAGCAGAAUUAGCAGCGGUAGAACCUAUCAUAGCGGCAGCCCGAUCAGCCGUUGGAGAUAUACGACCUGAAUCAUUGAGCGAAGUUCGUUCAUUGCGAGCGCCACCUGAGGUGGUGCGCGAUGUGUUAGAAGGCGUGCUGAGGCUCAUGGGCAUCGCUGAUACUUCAUGGCAUUCCAUGAAGAAUUUCCUAUCGAAACGAGGAGUUAAAGAGGAUAUUCGGUGUAUGGACGCCAGUCAAAUCAGUCCGGCAGCUUUAGCAAGCGUCCAACGUUUGCUAGAGACGCGGGGCGGUUCGUUCGAGCCCGCUACCGCUAAGCGAGCCAGCGCUGCGUGCGCGCCGCUGGCGGCGUGGGUGAAGGCCAACCUGCACUACGCCGCCGCGCUGCAGCGCGUGCAGCCGCUGCAGGCGCAUCAGGCCAAAUUGCACAAGAACCUUACCGACGCUGAACAACAAAUGACAGCUCUAUCAACCGGGCUAGCUACAGUAGAAGAGCGAGUAGCUGCACUUCAGGAACAAUUAGGCCAGCACACACGUGACGCGGCCGCGCUAGAGCUACGCCUUACUCAGGCGAAUGAGACCAUCACAGCCGCCACCAGUCUUAUAGACCAAUUGGCUCAUGAGUACACUGCGUGGGAGAACGAUCUGGAGAACAUUUCAAAGGAAAUAUCACAACUGAAUCCAAGAUCGUUACUGUCUGCUGCAUACAUUGUUUAUCUGCCAGAUAUUACCGAACCACAAGCAAGGGCAUAUGUGACUAAGUGGAGCGCACUUAUUGGUUUUGAGGACUCAUCAUUCUCAAUAAUUAACUUCUUGUCAUCCACUGAAAAACAGCUGAAAUGGGAAGCGGACGGUCUUCCUUCUGACACAACUGCGAUUAAAAAUGCAGUUUUGAUUGACCAAUUUUUAGAAAGCCAAAGAUGUGGUUUUACUCCAUUGAUCGUGGAUCCAGACGGCGAAGGCCUGGCGUGGUUAAAGAACACGCUCGCUGGUACUCAAUGCGAUUUCGUAUCGCAACGGAGCGAGAAGUUCUUGACCACUGUACAGUAUGCCGUCCGGCUAGGCCGUACCCUAGUGAUCUCGGAAGCGUCGGACAGGCCGCCAGUGGCGGGCGCCCGCGUGCUGCUGCAGUGCGGCACAGCGCCGACGCUGGCGCCGCACCGCCAAGCCGCACUCUCGCCCCUGUACUUCGCGCCCACACUAUACGCACUCACAGAUCAAUUGGUGCACUACGCUUUACAGCAACAAAAUUCUGAAGUAGACGAAAAGUCUAGAGAAAUAAAACUAAAAAAGGCUACUCUACAGAAACAACAGUACGAAUUACAGGAAAAUCUCCUCCGAGAGUUAUCAAACAAAGGCGAUAUUUUACAAGAUGCGGGAGUACUAGCUUCACUCAGCAAGACGAGGGCCACAAACGAUACCAUAAUGGAAGCUCUAGCUGCCGCCAAGGAGGUUGAACAAGCUAGUCGAGUAGCUUGCCAGAUGUACGAGUCGGCGGCACAACGCACGGCUGUGUUAGCACUGGCUACUAAUGAACUGGCUACAAGAUGGCCGCUCAUAGCGUUGCCGGUCGAUGCUGUGCUUGAUAUAUUCGUAGACGCCGUCAGGAGACAGCCGGAUCAAGCAAAAAUUAAUAACAGCGAAGUUAUCAAAUGUGUCACUAGGAAAAUCGUGGAGCGAGUAUUGCUAAGCCUACAUAAAAAAGACAAAUAUGUAGUUGUAUUGUACUUACUGAAACACGUUUACGACGAUUUGAUACCCAAUGAGCUAUGGCAAAUAUUCAUAGGGAACCACGAUCUCAUUGAAGACUCUGGUAAUGCUAAUGAAAUUAAAACUAACUUCCCCUGGAUACCACAAGACUGUGUCAAGAAAAUUGCUAAGCUAAAGGUUGUAAACGAAGAUUUUUACAACAGGUUGUCCCUUCAGAAUCAAGAAGUUUGGAAAGAAUUUCUUCAAUCGGGAGAUAUAAACAUAUUGAGCAAGUUUAAACUGAGCGGCUUUGAAACCGUGGUCGCUGUAACAGUGAUUAGACCAGACAGUGUCUAUCGAGCUAUCGUCUCAUUCGUUGAUCAAUUAUUAGGUGCGGGCGUGGUUGCGGGCGGCGCGCUGAUCCCGCGCGUGAGUGGCGCCGCCCGCCGCAGCCGCCGCGCGCCGCGCCCCGCUCUCUUGCUGGCCGCGCAUGCGCGGGACGUGCUCGCCGCCGCCGCACCGCAUCUCACACAUGUGGGUAUAGAAGAAGGGAGAACAUCAUGGGAGGCGGCGCUGGAGUCUUGCCGCAGCGGCAACUGGCUGGCCAUCACUGUGGGAGCCUCGCCCUUCACACACGACCUGCAAGCAUUCAUCGCUGCCUACCUCGAAUCACCGGCGGAGCAAUAUCAUGAAGAGUUCAGGCUGUGGAUAUUGUCCGAAGACCGUGAAGUGCCGCCGCUCAUUUCUAAUGCCUGUGUUAACGUUAUACUUGAGGCACCUGCGGGCGUGAAGAACAACGUGAUGAGCACGCUGUACGCGUGGGGCGCGUACUCCGGCGACGCGGCCACCGUGCGCCUGCUGGCCGCGCUCGCGCUGUUCCACGCGCUCGUGCAGGAGCGACGCGCAUACAUACCGCUAGGUUGGUCGCAGUGGUACGCGUGGGAGUGGGGCGAGGCUACGGCGGGCGCGCGCUGGGUGCGCGGCGGCGGCGGCGAGCGCGCGGCGCGGCGGCGCGCCGCAGCGCCGCCGACCAGCGUGCUGGCCGCGCUGCAGCGCCUACUCACCGACGCCGCGCUGUCGCCGCGCUGGAAGCCCGUGCCACUCACUGUGCCGCUACCCUUCACUACAUCGCUGAGGGAUUAUACCGUUGCCUUCGACGCGCUGCCUGACAUCGACUCACCGCAACUGUUGGCUCUGCCGGCCAACUGUCGCGUGGCCUGGGAAAAAAAUGCCGCCAAUGAUAUCGUCACUAGACUUAAAGAAUUGAACUCCACAGUCAGCGUGGUCAAUAAGAGUGAUAAUAUAACACCGUUGAAGGCGCUCUUGUCUCUAUGGAAGAAACUUAUGUCAGGAAGUCCGUUCAUAAAAGCAGAUUAUCAAAUCGAAAAGGCGGGCAGCGGCUGGUGGUGGUGCGUGUGCUCGGGCGAGGCGCGGGACGCGGCGCGCGCGGCGCGGGUGCUGCACGCCGCGCUAGCGCGAGCCCAUCUGCGAGCCACACCCAUGUUGCACGUGAGCGAUGAGUGGCACAUGUUGUGGAGCGGCCCGAAUGCAGUGGACGCGUAUGUUCGCGAGUUCGCCUUGCGAGCCCGCGCCGCACUCUCGCGCCUCGACACUCCGCUCAGCGACAACUAUAUGCCCACAGGUAGGUAGCGCUUAUUAGCCGGAGCUGCGGGAUUGUUCGAAAAAGUUAUCGCGGCCCUGGUACAUAAAAAG